GCGAGUGGUUGUGAGUCGGAGAGCCCCAAAGGUAGGCCUCGACCACACCCUUGGCUGAUGUCGUUGGAGCAUGUGGCUCUAUUUGUUGAGUUUUGGAGCCGUUUGUCGUGAUUUUGCCGUCUUGAGUUACCGCAUUAUUUAUUUUAAUUUCAUUAUUAUCUAGAAUAGUGUUGAGUUUUGUGAUUCGUCGUCCACGAGAGGUUCCUGAUGUCAUACCCAGGCGAGUCAUCCCAGAGACUUGUGUGGUCUUAAAAAUUCAUUUUUUCAACAAUUAAAUGAAAUAUAUGAUAUUCUUUUUCACAUAGAAAUUAUGGCGUAUGUUGCAAUGGCUUAUUCCUAUAUUUUCUUAUCUCAUAAACAUGAGUCACCAUUCACAUCAGAAACUGAAAAAGUAGCAAUUGCAUUUGCUCGAAGAAAUAUACAAUAUUUAAGUUUAGUACAAUCAGCAAUGAGAAAUGCUUCGAGAGAAAUUUAUCAAUGUGAUCCACCAAAACAUAUUCGCAAUGAAACAUUUGUUGAGUUCAGUCAUCUUUUUCAAAAAAUUUUUAUUAAUGAAAUUCAAGUAUUACCAUCUGAAACAUGCUCAAUAAGUUGCAAUGAAAUUAAUUCUAAUAACAUUUUCCGGUGUUAUUCUUGGAAAUCUUUAUCUAAACUAAAUACUUAUUGUCCGAAACGAUAUUGUCGUGGUAUUAUGCGUGAUUGUUCAUGGGUUGGAUCAUCGACACUUUGUGAAUUUCCAAGUGAAUUCCCAAGACGCUAUCAGUGGAUUGAAAGCGCAAACGGACAAUAUGCACCGCGCGAAAAAUGUCGAGGAAAAGAAAUAAGGGUCGACCAUUCAAUGAGUGGUCUUUACCGUUGUUCUAAUUGUCUUUGUCAAUGUGUAGAAGAACGAGCAAAUUCAACUUCUCUUCGUGCAUUAAGUUUAAGACCUCAAUUUUCCGAUAUUUCAAAAAACAUGGUAGUGACAGGCGUCAGGUUUGUUUUAAAAAAUAGAAUGAUUCAUAUUCAAAUACAACAAGGACAGCUUAUAAAAGACGGUGAAAUUAAUAGCACAACCACUGAAUGGGUAGAACUUGAAAAUUUCAAGUACGUUGAUAGUGAAAAUGCUUUUUAUAAAUUAGAUCAAAGUGGUCCAUUACUUAUGGAAGAAGGCAUAGAUUAUUCGUUUAUCGGUUCAAAACAAAACAUAUUAUUUAUUGAUGACAUAAUAGGACCGUUAGAAACUCUUGUCACUGGAGUCAGGUUAAAUCAUUCAUUCCCACAAUGGCCUGGUGAAGUUAAUACCAGUCCAAUUCAAAUUGAAGUUUUUAUUUCACACUAUAUAUAUGAGGCUGGAAAACUUGAUUUAGAUUCAUUUCCAUCAAUGUGGGUAACGACUAAAAAUAUGCCCAAUCCGCCGACUUGGUACAACCGAGAUAGAACAGAGAUAAAAUUGGUGAUGCCAGAUGACCCCACAAAGUCCUUUGAUAAUUAUCCAAAUACAGAAAGUAAUCAAUAUAUUGAAUUUCGUGAAACAGAUAUUUGGAAAGAUGCUGGUCAAACAACAAUUCCAUUGUUUGAUAUUCAACCGGUUACAUCGCCAAUCAGGCCUUUAGAUGGUAUUGGUAUCAUUCAUAGAAAUAGUAAUAAUAAUGGAGGUUUUAUUAGCUUGAAAAUAUUCACAGUAAAUUGUACUCUGCACAUCAGAGUUAUAGAUAAAUCGGACACACAAUAUCACAAGAGUGUUUCUAAUCCUUUUACAUUAUUAAGUAAGGCAUUAAAAUUUUAUGAAAUAUAAAAUUGAAUUAAGAAAAAGUA